CGCGGGGUUGGGGGGCAGCGGAGGAGGACGCCAUCUUGGUGGUGCUGUGCGGGAGCUUCGGGGAGCGGGGCUCGGCGCCGAGCCGGUCCUAGUGCCGUGUCCGUUAAUUUGAUUUUACAGACUUUAUCAGGUCUUCAAAGCAGAAACAGGUGAUUUUUGCUGUGGGUUGAGCUCAGCAUGGCUGUAGUCAUCCGUUUACAGGGGCUUCCUGUUGUUGCGGGUCCUGCAGAUAUUCGUCGUUUCUUCUUGGGAUUGAAUAUUCCUGAUGGAGGUGUGCAUAUUAUUGGAGGAGAGAUGGGGGAGGCUUUUAUUAUAUUUGCAACAGAUGAAGAUGCACGGCGUGCCAUGAGCUGUUCAGGAGGGUUUAUCAAGGACUCGCGCAUAGAUCUCUUUCUCAGCAGCAAGGCUGAAAUGCAGAGUACCAUAGAAAUGAGCCGUAAACGGUUUGAUCGCUCUAGAAGAACAGGUACUAAUGGUUCUGGUGCCUCGGGUGUUGGAGACAUUCCACAUUUAGUCACACCUUUUCCAAAAGGAAUGAGCAAAGCUGGUUACAGUCCACCAAGUCACCCGGAGGCUGCUUUCCAUACCAAUGGCACAAGACACGGUGAUUUAGGUAUGCCCAAGUCAAGCUAUCAGUCAAGGAAGGAUUGUGUUCCCUUUAACCCAGAUGAUCUUUACUUAUUUCUCCGGGGUAUACCUUACUCUGCAACAGAAGAUGAAGUACGUGCUUUCCUUGCUGGGAUAGACGUGGAUGGAGUGAUUCUGAUAAAGCAUCGCAAUGGUUUGAACAAUGGGAAUUGCUUGGUAAAAUUUGCUACGCCUGCUGAUGCCUUAGAGGGACUUAAACGUCAUAGGCAGUACAUGGGUCAGAGAUUUAUAGAAAUAAGCCCAUCUACAGAGGAACGGUGGAUUGAGUAUGGUGGGAGAGUAGACAUGCCAGAUGAAAUGGAUCACUUUUUGUGUGAAGAUCACUCUCCCAGAAGCCCAGGCUACAUGCACUUAAGGAAGCAUUCUCAUUCAAGAUCACCAAGGAGACAAAGAACACGUUCUCGCUCACCUCCCAGCCAGGAAUAUUACAUACACUUAAGGAAUUUAUCUAUUAAUUUGGAGAAGAGAGAUUUGAAAGCUUUUUUUCCUGGUCUGGAUAUAUGCAGCAAACAAAUCAAGCUUCUAACAGAUAAGCAUCAGAGGAGGACUAGAGAUGCUUUUGUGAUGUUAAGGAGUGAGAGAGAUUAUCAGGCUGCUUUGGAAUGUCAUAGAAAGGUUCUUCUCAAUCGUUCUGUUUACAUUUUUCCAAUUUCAAAAAAGUCAAUGUUGAAAAUAAUUGAUUCUUGUGAGAGGAAGAGAUCACAGGACAGAGAACAUCUGGGACAGGCCUUAUCAGAAAAAAGUUAUCGGGAAGGUCAUUCUGGCCCUAAGACGUGUGCUUAUGUAAGGAAUUUGCCAUUUGAUGUGUCAAAACUUGAAGUGCAAAAGUUCUUUGCAAGAUUUGAUGUUGAUGAAGAUGAUAUUUACUUGCUCUAUGAUGACAAAGGAGUUGGGCUGGGAGAAGCACUAGUGAAGUUUAAGUCUGAAGAACAAGCCAUGAAAGCAGAAAAUUUGAAUCGUCGAAGGUUCUUGGGGACGGAGGUGUUAGUAAGACUUAUAUCAGAAGAGCAGAUGGAGAAGUUUGGUGUAACUGUGCCAUUGUCUGCACCAAGAGAAAUGCAGGGUCAUUCACAUCCAUAUGAUAGAGGUGAGCUUUCCCGCCCAGUUGGUUCACCAUCUGGGCCACCACAAGGGCCACCCAUGCAUUCCUUUGGUCCCCCUGGGAACUUCAGGCAUCCUUCUGAAUUUAGGCACCCCCCUGAGGACUUCAUGUGCCCUCCUAAGGAUUUUAGAGGUCCUCCACCCCUCAUGGAUUUUGGUGGUGAGAGUGAACAUUUUGGCAGAAUGGAAUUCGGGAAUAAUAAAAUGGGGAAUUUUCCUGAAGGAAGAUUUAUGCCGGAUCCAAAUUUCAGUGGUGGUUCUGAUCAUGUGGUUCCUAUUCGAUUGAAAAAUUUACCUUUUAAAGCUACUCCUAAUGAGAUUCUGGAUUUUUUCUAUGGCUACAGAGUCAUACCAGAGUCAGUUUCUGUACAGUAUAAUGAGCAUGGAUUACCUUCGGGUGAUGCCAUUGUUGCUAUGACAAACUAUGAGGAAGCUAUGGCUGCUAUUAAUGAACUGAAUGAUAGGCCAAUUGGUUCACGGAAAGUUAAGUUGAGCUUGCUGUAAAGGAGGAAAAGAUGCUCUAGAAUGAAACACUCUAGAUUGGACAGUAUUGACAGUAAUUCUCACUUUUUUAAUUACUGGAAGAUGCAGAAGAAACUGUUCCUAUCACCGGUUGUAAAUAAUAACUAGUUCAGUUGUUUAGCUCUUGGUUGAAAUACCUGUAUGGUUAAGAGAACUGUAUUGUGCCUACUUCUUGUGGCAAACGAGCCCAGAAGUUCUGGAGGACACUGAAUGUCUAACAUCAAGGUAUAAUGACAUGGAGUUCUAAUGCUUUGGGUUUCUUUUUUAGUUUGCUGUAAUUCCGUGUCCCGUGAGUUUGCAUCAAAUAAAAAUAUAAGUGUUGGUUGAUUUACCACACGAACGGUUCAAACAACAAUUUCAGUGCUACCUGCAUUAGUAAAUAGCACUUCUUACUGAGGUUAGCUUAAUAAAAUUUAAUUUUUUAAAAUUUUUUAUUUGUGUGAACUGUUCAGGUUUUCCUUGGUUUCAUAUGGUUGCAGACAUUCCUGUUUAAAGAUAGAAGAGCUUUCUGUUCACAUUAGCUAGCUUUGCAAUUUUUUAAAAAUAAAAACUAAAUUGACA